AGCGGGACCCAAAACAAGAGCUGGAUGGUUGAACUUUUGUGUUGCUCUGUCUGCUUAAGUUUUACUCUACUCGGCGGCUGUGGUUUGAGGAUUGAGAAUCGAGAUAAAAGAAAUGGAGAAGGGAAACAGGCAAGUAGUUGUUUCAGCAUUGCAAUUCGCUUGCACCGACGAUGUGCCCACCAAUCUCGCCACUGCCGAAAGGCUGGUUAGGGCUGCUCAUGCAAAGGGAGCAAAUAUCAUUCUUAUUCAGGAACUGUUUGAGGGUUAUUACUUUUGUCAAGCACAAAGGGAGGAUUUCUUUCGGCGUGCUAAGCCUUAUAAUGAUCACCCUACCAUUAAAAGGAUGCAGGGACUUGCAAAAGAGUUGGGUGUGGUGCUGCCAGUUAGUUUCUUUGAAGAGGCAAACAGUGCCCAUUAUAAUUCUGUAGCUAUCAUUGAUGCUGAUGGGACUGAUCUUGGACUGUACAGGAAAUCUCAUAUACCUGAUGGACCAGGAUACCAGGAAAAGUUCUACUUUAAUCCGGGAGAUACGGGCUUUAAGGUUUUUCAGACCAAAUUCGGAAAGAUUGGAGUUGCAAUAUGUUGGGAUCAGUGGUUUCCAGAGGCUGCCCGUGCUAUGGCUUUGCAAGGUGCUGAGAUAUUGUUUUACCCUACGGCUAUUGGCUCUGAACCACAAGAUGAAGGACUUGAUUCUCGUGAGCAUUGGCAGCGAGUGAUGCAAGGGCAUGCUGGUGCAAAUGUGGUACCUCUGGUAGCUUCUAACCGCAUUGGAAAGGAAAUAAUUGAGACAGAGCAUGGGAAGAGUCAGAUUACGUUCUACGGCAAUUCCUUCAUAGCAGGACCAACUGGGGAAAUUGUUGCAGCUGCUAAUGACAAAGAUGAAGCAGUUCUCAUAGCACAGUUUGAUCUUGACAAAAUCAAAUCCAAAAGAAGUUGCUGGGGUGUGUUUCGUGAUCGGCGCCCCGAUUUAUACAAGGUGCUUCUGACAUCAGAUGGAAGCAAAACUUCAUCGUGAUUCAGAGCUCCCCUUUUGCUUAUCAUCACUAUGUUGUUGUGGAGAUAAUCAGUGAGUUCCCUUCCAUGCCAUGUAUUUGUUUGACUGCAAAGAACGAAAUGACAUAUAUGUAGGCAAAUUUCCAUGAAUACAAAAUUAAGAAUAUCAAUAAGAAGAACCGAAAUUCUAACA